AUGUUUGAGAGAUCGUCUCUUGCACUUCUGCGGUCGUUGGCUCGUGAACUCCGGCUUCGACAUUCCUCGUCGUCCGGUAGUAAACGUAUACUAGACCGACCUUUGGUGCGGUUUCUCUUGUCCGAGUAUCGAUUCAAUCGUGUCACCCCAGCCCAAUACUGUCGCGGACCCGACGAGAUGGCUUGGAUUGCUGACACAUAUAUGCAAUACUUAAGGGCUCAACGCGUAUGCCGCGAACUGUCCGACGAACACCAGAAACAGGAAAAAACCGUACAACAAACGGCAGAUAUGAUCGGUUUUAGAUUACCACCAAACAACAAGAUCGACUGA